GCUUCUUCUACAGAACAUUGCCAAUACUAUUUAAUCGAAGACGCAAGAAAAAGUGUACGAUAAAUUGCUCUAGUACAGUAAUAUGUAAAGUUCACAAUGUCUCAAAAUUGUAACAAAAUAGGUUCAAACAAGAAAGCGAAUAGCCGCGCCGUAGAGAGCUUCGACUCGGCGGCUCUCGGUCGGUGCAAUCGAAUCGUGGCUCUCGAUUGCACACGGGCGGCUGGUGCCGCCAGAACGAUCAUGUGGAACGAAGAGAACAAUACAAUCGUUCUUCCAUUAAUUGUUGUUGCCGUCCUUGUGGUGGUAGGUCGCAUCCACGAGGAUGGCACACAUCAAGAUGUCUACCUCGUUGGCGUCGUCUUCGACGCGGACUCCGUAGCUGUCGAGGAUGCCCCACUUCUUGCUGAUCUCGCCAACCUUGACGUCGCCCUUCAAGAUGGUAAAGUUCCAGCUCAUGCGAUCGCCCUUGAUUUUGUAGUCGUUGUCACCGGGGAUGUCGAUGUCGAUCUCUUUCUUGGAGGCCAUGCCCCAGUCUUCUUGCUUGGCGGUCGCCCAGAGUUCGCCGUCCUUGAACCAUUCGUAGUUGUUCCACGGGGUGACCGUGGUUGCAUUUGUUUGCUUCAAGCAACACAAUUCUUCCCCGCCAAUGGUUUGGAACGAAGCCUGGUUUCCCCACUUGAACGCAUUGCCCUUGACCUGGUAGACCGCGCCACCGUUCUGGGUGAUCCUGUAGUCGUUGGAGACGAGCUUGAACUUCUGUUUGAGAUGAAAUUCCUUAACCAUUUUUAGAGUAAGAGGAGGGGAUGUGAUAUUUUCUGUUGUAGGGUCCUUCUGCGGAAACAAUUGGAAAUUAUGACUCGUGCUGGUGUGCCACAGAAUCUCGUUGCCAAACCAUCCCUCACGGUACUCUGCACAUUCUCGAGAAUUUAUCAACU